GCCAGGCCCCGGGGAUGUAGCCAUAUCGGUGAACCUCAUUAACAAAUCUCGGUGUCGUGUUCGUGUGAUUGCUUGGUCCUCGGAUAAUCGACGGUAUGCCUCGGAAUUAUUCUAACAGAUUCGAUGAGGAAGAUUUUCAGAAGCAGCUUCUACCGGUCCAAGCAACCCGAGCCGCUGCCGGAGGAGGAAUCGGCAGCGGGGGAGUACGUGGAUCUCGAGGAUGGCCAAGGCAAGCAUGUCAAGACGCCUGGAUGCGGCGGUGGCGGCUCCAGUGACUCGCUCGCCCUCGGUCGGGGCAUCUGCUACAUACUGCUGGGCUGCGCCUUGCUGGGCUGCUCCUACCUCAUGCCCAAACCGGCGCAGGACAGCCACUUCGCAGCCAUGAUCGGCGUCUUGUACCUCGCCAUUGAAGCUGCCGCUCUGGCACUCUACACUUGCACCUCGAGGUGGCGGUCGUCGGAUUCUGAUUGAGUUUGUUCCUUCUUUACUUGCUACAUGGAAUCAUGGUCUCCA